AUGCCACCCACGACAUACCUGUGUUUUGUCCUGUACAUACUCUCCCAGCGCGGCACAUCAGCGCAACCAGUGCGUCCCCCGAAUGAACAACAGUUCUCUGAUGUGCUAGAAUCGAUUUUCGAAAUGCUCCGAGAAGUCACAAGAAGCGUAUCGAAUCUGGUCUCUGAUGUGGCCGAUGCCCUGGGAAUCAAGACAGAUGACGGUGGAAUCGGGGGCGUUAUCGGAGGAGCUCUCAAUCUUCUGACAGUUGGGGCAGACAUCGUGACCGGUGUGGCUUCGCAUGUCAUCGGCGGAGGAGAUCUCUUGGGAGGACUGAUCCCGGUCCUGGGAUAA